AUGGAUGAAUAUGACGAGAUGUUCGGGAUUGAAGAUGACUUUGAGGCGCAGUUUGCGGAUGAACUGGACGCAAUGGCGCAGAUGGAUGAGGACGAGACUUCAAUCCAAGGUAAACAAAAGCCAAAGCAAGGCCUUGGAAGUGACAUUUCAGAUGUUGCUCACCUGCUCGAUGAGGAGCCAACAACUCCAAAAGCAAAGCGCCUAAAGCAGGAUACAGUAGUCAAGAAACUGUUUGAUACGAUUCAGACGAAUGACAUCACACCUCCAUCAUCUCCAGAAGAAUACACCUCCACCCACUCCUCGAGGUCCAGACCUGUAGCAUCAUCGCUGGACAUCAGUGGAUUUGUGCCCAUCCCAGAGACCCCCAUUCGUCCUGCUGUAGUUCAGACUCAGGCUUCAUCCAAUGUCCUGAAGAGGCCGCCUUUAGAGGGGGAGUACGUCACUGUCACAGACGCUGUCGGAACCAGAGUCUACCUCAGGCAAAAAGAGGAUGUGGAAGAAAAGGUAGAAGAGUCCAGAAUGGUGCCUGAUGUCUUUGGGGGUCUGGGACUGCUGGCAGUGCCUAUCCGUGAGCUCAGAGAACUGGAAGCAGAAAAGCGCCAUCAACAUAUUGUGGAGGAAUCUCAGCGUAUUUCAGAGCUGCUGGUCAGUAAUGUGAACAGCGUCAAUGACAUGUUCUUGGAACAAGAAGACAAGGAAAAUCAAGAGCCUGAGAAUUCUGAAGAGGUGGCUUCUCGUCUCUGGGUAGACCGAUUCUCUCCACGACACUACACCGAACUCCUCAGCGACGAUUUCACAAAUCGCUGCCUGCUCAAAUGGCUCAAAUCAUGGGACACUGUUGUAUUCGGAAGAGAGAGAAAAGUCCGCACAGUCCGCACUCAACAGACUUCCAACCAGCCCUCGUUUAAACCCAACCAAAACAACCAGAAUGCAAACCGCUUCAAAUCCAAAGUGGAAAUAACAGAGGAGCUUCUGGAGGCUGAAUUGGACCAGUAUAAACGACCCAAAUAUAAAGUGGCAUUAUUAUCAGGGCCUCCUGGUUUAGGAAAAACAACACUUGCACACGUCAUUGCAAAGCAUGCUGGGUACAACGUGGUGGAAAUCAAUGCCAGUGAUGACCGCAGCGCAGAGGUUUUCCAGAAGCGCAUAGACACGGCCACUCAGAUGAAGUCUGUGUUAGGAGCCAACGAGAGGCCCAACUGUCUCAUUAUUGAUGAGAUUGAUGGGGCACCAGCUGCUGCCAUCAAUAUCUUGUUAACUACAAUAAACAGGAAAGAUGGACAUGGUGGUGAAGGAGAGACUGCAAAGAAGAAGAAAAAGAAAGAGUCCAUACUGUUGAGACCCAUCAUCUGCAUCUGUAACGACCUCUAUGUUCCAGCUCUCAGACCGCUCAGGCAACUGGCGUUCCUACUAAAUUUCCCUCAGACGCAGCCUUCGCGACUGGCUCAAAGAUUAGCAGAGAUUGCAGUGCGGCAGGGUAUGAAAGCAGACACCGGUACGCUGAUGGCUCUGUGCGAGAAGACCGACAAUGACAUCCGAUCAUGUAUAAAUACUCUACAGUUCCUCUUUGGUCGCGGACACAAACAGCUGGACUCCAGGACAGUCCAGAGCGUUUCAGUGGGACAGAAGGACCAGAACAAGGGCUUAUUUCAUCUGUGGCAGGAGACCUUUCAGCUUCCACGUGUAAAACGAAAACGUAUUGGCGAAGGCUUUGAGGAGACUGCAGUGUCAGGAGGAGGGGCUCAGAGGUUUCAACACAUCCUGCUUCUGGCUUCUUCUAGUGGGGAGUAUGAGAAAGUGGCACAAGGGCUGUAUGAUAACUUCCUGUCGAUGCGAGUGCGGGACCCUAACCUCCACAGCGUGUGCGAGGCCCUGGAGUGGCUCUCCUUCUCUGACCGGCUUAACCAGGUCAUUCUGCACGGACAGAACUUCACCCUCAUGAGAUAUCUGCCCUUCCUGUCCGUCGCUUUCCACUUCCUGUUCGCUCAUAGCCACGUGCCACGCCUCAGCUACCCACACAGCCAGCAUGAGGCGUUAACCCGUAUCCUUGGCAGUAAAAACGCUCUGUCUUCAAUGCUAUCCGAUAUUCCAGCAUGCAUCAGGACAAGGAUCAGCCAGCUCAACCUCACCCUUGAUAUCCUCUCGCUUCUACUCGACAUCAUCUGCCCCAAACUGCGACCGGUAAAUCCACAGCUGUUCAGUAGCAGAGAGAAAGAGCAGCUGAAGGAGCUCAUUGACACCAUGCUGGCCUACAACCUCGCUUACAGGCAGGACCGAACACCGGAGGGCCAGUACACAUAUGUUCUGGAGCCGCGUGUGGAGGAGGUGGUGAAGUUCCCCGGUCUGCCUCCUCGUCGACAGCUUACUUACCAGGCCAAGCAGACGGUCAGCAGAGAGAUGGAGCAGGAGAAGAUGAGGAGGGCUGAGCUGCUGAUGCAGAGGAGGAACCCUGCACCGAGAGAGGGAGAAAAGGGAAAAAAGGCUGAAACUUUCACAACAACAAAAAAUCAUCAGCAGAGACUGGAGAACAUUGUCAAACAGACCACAGUGGAGACCAGGCCAGAGGUGGAUUUCUUUGGCAGAACAGUGGCCCCCAAGCAGGAGAAAAGGAAGGGAUUCACAGAAUCAGGAGAGGUGGACGUUGUGGAGGCCAUGGGAACCGCUGUGGGCAACAGUGACGUGUGGUUCCGGUUCAACGAGGGUAUGUCCAACGCCGUCAGGAGAAACGUCUACAUUCGAGAGCUGCUCUAA